CUGCCCUGUGUGCCCCCUGCUAUUCCCUUCCCACCCUCACUCCUGUGUUCCCUGGUAUCAGCCCCCCGACCCUGUGCCCCCUGUUAUCCCCUCUUCCCACCCUUGUGCUCCCCUACCUCCCUUGUGCCCCCACCCCUGUGCCCUGUUUUCCCCUCCCACCCCUGUGCCCCCCCAUUGUCCCCUCACCUCCCACCCCUGUGCCCCCCGUUGUCCCCUCACCUUCCACCCCUGUGCCCCCUGUUGUCCCCUCCUGCUGCGUUGUCCCCUCUCAACCCUGUGCCCCCUGUUGUCCCCUCCCCAACCAAUCCCUGUUGUCUUCUCCCCUCCCACCCCUGUGCUCCCUGUUACCCCCUCCCCUCCCACCUCUGUGCUCCCUGUUACCCCCUCCCCUCCCACCCCUGUGCUCCCUGUUACCCCCUCCAACUCCUGUCUACCUUUUUAUCCUCGCCCUAAUGUCUGUAUAAUGCCUGCUUUCUUCUGCAUUCACCCCUCCUACCCCUGUGCCUCCUAUUAUCCUCUAUUUACUUUUUUUUAUGUCUCACCCAUUACACAGUUACACUGUAGUGAAGAAGACAUCUGGUGAGUGUGAGACACCCAGCAACCAUCCCCGUGUGUCAGGAGGACUGGGCCUCAUCCCGGUGCCUCCACCUCACUCACUGAUACAUGGGAGGCACAAUGACCAGAAGAUCCUGGAACUCACCAACAAGAUCAUUCAGCUGCUGACUGGAGAGGAGGGGGAGUAUAUAGAGGAACACAGGAGUCUGUACAAGGACGUGAUGAUGGAGAAUCACCGGCCCCUCACAUCACUGGAUGGACCCAGUAACAGAGAUACCCCAGAGAGAUGUCCCCGUCCUCUGUAUUCCCAGGAUUGUACAGAAGAGAAUCACAGGAUCCCACAAGAGCAUCAGGGUGAAGAUGUGACUAAUAAAAAAGUAGACGACUUAAAGAGAACAGAGACAUAUGCAAGGGGAGACCAGCAGUAUAAGAAGCAAGAAAUCCCUACAGAUAUCAGCACAGCAGGUGGACACAAAAGGAGGCAUACAAUGACGGGUUAUGUCGUUUUGUCUCAAGAUUUUAAAAUAGAAGAUAAAAACACUGUGCGAAACACUGCGGGAGAACACCCCUUCACCCUAAAUGCACAUCCAGUAUUUCAAAGUGCAGCUAUUUCAUCUGAUCCUUCAAUUCAAAGGGAAUCUCCUCCUAAUCACUCGGACAUUGUUACACACAGAACAAGUCUUACCGAUGAUACAGUUUUCCUCUGUUCUGAGUGUGGGAAAUGUUUUGCACAGAAAUCGGGUCUUGUUAAACAUCAAAGAAGCCACACCGGUGAGAGGCCGUUUCCAUGCACUGUGUGUGGGAAAUGUUUUACAGACAAAUCACAUCUUGUUAGACAUCAGAGAACUCACUCAGGUGAGAAACCAUUUCCAUGUUCUGAGUGUGGGAAAUGUUUUACAUAUAAAUCAGAUCUGGGUAGACAUCAGAAAACUCACUCAGGUGAGAAACCAUUUCCAUGUCUUUUGUGUGGGAAAUGUUUUACAUAUAAAUCAGAUCUGGUUAGACAUCAGAGAACACACACAGGUAAGAAACCUUUCCCAUGCUAUGAGUGUGAGAAAUAUUUUACAGACAAAUCAUCUCUUUUUAGACAUCAAAAGAGUCACACAAGUGUAAGACCAUUUGCGUGCUCUGUGUGUGGGAAAUGUUUUAGACACAAAUCAGCUCUUGUGGAACAUCAAAAAGACCACACAGGUGUGAAACUAUUUCCAUACACUGAGACUGGGAAAUGUUUUAUAUACAAGUCAGCUCUUUUUGAACAUCAGAUAGGUCACACAGGUGAGACGCCAUUUCCAUGUUCAGAGAGCGGGAAAUGUUUUGCCCCGAAACCUGCUUUUGUUGAGCAUCAGAGAACUCACACAGGGGAGAAACUGUUUUCAUGCUCCGAGUGUGGGAAAUAUUUCACAAAGAAGUCAUCUCUUCUUGCACACCAGAGAAGUCACACAGGUGAGAAACCAUUUUCAUGUUCUGGAUGUGGGAAAUGUUUUACACGGAAAUCACAUCUUGUUAUACAUGAGAGAAGUCACACAGGUGAGAAGCCGUUUCCAUGUUCCGAGUGUGGGAAAUGUUUUACACGGAAAUCACAUCUGGUUAACCAUCAGAAAAUUCACACAAGAGAAAAGCAAUUUGUAUGAGGUGAUAUCCAGAAACAUGCUGCAUUAAUAUUCUAUAUAUAGUAAAUAUAAAUAUAGCAAAAGUAAUUUAUUUUAUUAAUGUAAAUGUUCAAACAGACAUAUAUACAUUUUCACACUGUAAAGAGUAACACCUGGGCCAUAACUAGGGGUGGUGGUGUUGUCGCCUGGAGAAAAGGCCCCUGGUGCAGCACCGUCACUGCCCGUGGACCCUGCAUUUGGAUAUUGCAGAGCUGCCUAGAGCAUCCUUUGGUUACUCCUGGCACCCAACCUAUACUGCCACCUGGAGCAUCCUGAGGAAGCUUUGGGCAGUGCUUUACUUUCCUAUGCUGGUGGCCACGUCUCCUCCCGGUCACGUCAUGAGGUCAUGUAUUUUGGUUUCGUUGCCAACACAGGAAGCAGUGCCACCCUGCUCUGGCACUGAAUAAUGCCACUGGAUGGCAAAGCUCCAGUUACAUAUUAAUUACUAUGAACAGACCUAGGGCCUAAUUCAGAGUUGAUCGGAGCAGCAAAUUUGGUAGCAGUUGGGCAAAACCGUGUGCAGUGCAGGGGGUACAGAUAUAACAUGUGCAGAGAGAGUUAGAUUUGGGUGGGGUGUGUUCAAACUGAAAUCUAAAUUGCAGUGUAAACAUAAAGCAGCCAGUAUUUACCCUGCACAGAAACAAAAUAACCCACCCAAAUCUAACUCUCUGCACAUGUUAUAUCUGCCACACCUGCAGUGCACAUGGUUUUGCCCAACUGCUUACAAAGUUGCUGCUGCGAUCAACUCUGAAUUACCCCCAUAGUUGGAGUGGAUAAUUAUGAUUACUUAUAAUCAUAGUCCAUUGUGCUUUACAGUUGUGCAAUUGAGAACUCCAUUACAGGGUGUCAACAGAGAGGUAAGAGGGCCCUGUUUGCCAGCUUGCAAUUUGAUGGGGGCGAUUCAAUUAGCCGUGAAGAGGUUUAGAACCGGGAUUAAAUGGCCAGAGCUAUUUAAUUACUGCUCACUGUAAGCACUUAAUGCAGAGUUUUGCUCGCACCCUCCUGAAGUGUGAGCCGUUAUCCAUGUUAAGUACUGCUUCCGGGGCUAGUCACAGGUGAUAAUUAUAUAGCUCCAGACCCUGGAACUAUGGCUUAUCAUGUUUUAGCCACCCACUUACCACAGCAGGUAAUUGAAUUGCUCCAGACACAAUUCCCACAGCUACUUGAAUCGCCCCCUAAGACUGUAACAUCUCUCAUGUGCAGAACAUAUUACACUUUACUUAUGUCAAUCGAUAUCUGCAUCGCUCUCUAAAAUAAUAGCAGAGAACAUUGUUAUAAGGGUCCUAAGUAUUAUAUCAUCCUAGCAAUAGGCUACAGAUAUAGGGACUUGUGGGGUUGAUCUUGUUAUGCUCCUAAACAGCUGGUGGGACAUGCUCCAAUUUUAUACCAAGAGUGAAGAGUGGAACAUGGGCCAGGUUGAUGCCAGUAGGCGUGGCUUCACAGUGUAGUAAAUGCUGAAGUUGCUGUACAUUGUUUGCACAACAUAGUACACCAAUGGUGUGUCAGAAGCCUAAUACAGUCUCUGUCUGGGCCAUGUUAUCAAUGAGCAAGUCACAAUUACCGUUUAAAGUAAUAUGAAUUCUGGUGCAAAUACAGCUUUAUAGUAACUGUAUCAAUGGUCAAGAUGCAGUCGGCCAAUCAGAAACAUCUGGCGAUCAUCGGCAGCAGUGCAGGGGUGGAGCACCCACAGGUAGUACACCUUUAGGUUGGUGCACAUGUGUCAUUGCUAGGAUACCUUUGGGUUGGUGCACAUGUGUCUUCGCUAGUACACCUUUUGGUUGGUGCACAUAUGUCUUUGCUAAUAUACAUUUAGGUUGGUGCACAUGUGUCAUUGCUAGGAUACCUUUGGGUUGGUGCACAUGUGUCUUCGCUAGUACACCUUUGGGUUGGUGCACAUGUGUCUGCUAAUAUACUUUUAGGCUGGUGCACAUGUGUCUGCGCUAUAUGGGUCACAUUGGCUUGAACAUGCCAUUACUAUAGCCCACAAAUACUGGCACUUCCAUCACCCGUUCCCUCUCAAGGAGUUGUAAGCGCAAAUUCGGCUAAGGCUACAUAGAUGUUUUGGGUGUGCAUGUUCAAUGCAAAAAAACAACUAUUUACACCAAAAACAUACAUUUACCUGAGCCCCAUAAUGGGGGAUCUGAGACACUAAUACAUUAUGGGUGGUCAUAAUUCCAUAUAUGAGGUGUUUAUAUAACUAGCUCUGUAUUGUGUUACUGCCUCACUUGGGGAGGUCACCUACAAACCUGCAUAUGUAAUUAUGUGAUGCUCUGCGGCUAUCUCCGCAGAAACAACAAUUUAUGCAGGUAUAUGCGUGGCUUGGCGCGUGGUGGUACACCUGCAGGGUUGAGAUGUUUAAAUGAGGUUCAAAGGUUGGAAAGUACAUCUUUCUGGGUAUCUUUCCUGUUUUACAAGGGAGUGGUCCUGCAUUCUCAAUCUACAAGACAGAGAAGCACAUUCGUAGGGACGUGAAACCCAUAGUAAAUAUAGUCCUUGUGCCCCUCACCUAUGAUUUAAGACAUAAUGAGAGUUGAAUGAGCAGUAUUAUAGGACCCAGUGACUCACUGACUGCCUGUUUUCUUAAGAAUGCCCCCAAAACAGCUGCUUGCACUUUGUUGCUGACCUUUGUGUUUCGGUUGACGUGAUGUUAGAUUAUAUGUAAGUCCUAUAGCUGCAGCACUUUCUAUGCAAGAUGCCGUACAAUGCUGGCUUAUGUUUUAUAAGGACUGAUGUAUUGUGUAUUGUAAUCUCCAUAGUGGCUAAUAGAAUGUGUGUUAGGUUCAUUUUCUUCUAUAGUUUUUUUUCCUUUAUAAAGUGAAUAAGUUGAUGAAAUAAUAUUAUACUUAUAUGGACAUGACUUGUGAUUCUGUGGCCUGCAUAACAAUAUGGAAAUAAAAUGUAUAAUUACCAAGCAAAU